GUGGUUGCGAGUUUGGAAAUUUUUAAGUUAAACAAUAUCGUGAUAAAGAUUAAGGUGGUAAGAACGAAUUCACGUCAUUUGCUACACUCGGUGACGAAAAAAGUUUCCACACCCUUGUGCAACGCUCCGGGAACCAAUCAACCUACUCGCCAUCAACUUUCGAGCGCACAAACAUUUGUGCCAAGGAACCGGAAACCGUACCGGCAAGCUCUAUCAUUUACUGCGCUUAAGGAUUACCUUUCCAUCUACCAAAUGGUACGAAAACAUCGUACCUAAUCGGACCAGCGCCCAUCCGGAACAUCCGCGUCCGUGCAUUGGCGUCCCUCGUUUUGGGCUGCUUGAAGAAGAAAUGGAAACGGUGCCGACCAGGCUCGGAAACGGAUUCGCCGCCGGGAGCCCAUCAUGACCAGUGGUAAAGGUGCUGUUGUUGUUACCGCUGGUGCAGCCGUUGCUACACGUUGGUCUCGUGUGCAUUCGAGGAUGAGCUCUUACAACCCACGUUAUGAUAACAUUCCAUGAUCCAUUUUAUAUAUUUAAUUUUGCAAACUCUCUAUUGCACCGUGCUAUUAUUGUGCGUAACCGUCGACACAGCCACCGCCACCGAAAGUCUCUCCUAGCCUGCUACAAUCCUGACCGACUGUCAACCGACGCCACUGUUCGAAAUUGCAAUGAUGACCGUCUCACCGGUACCGACUUGCUUCGCCCACUUUCUACUGGCCGCCGUUACGGGCUGGGCGCUGAAGCAUACGCCCACCGCCUAUGGUGUUCCGUUCGCGAGUGGAAUGCUACUGUUCCUGCUGGCACACAGCCUACUCGGCAUCCUGCGGUUCGCCCACCCGCAACCACACCAACGACUGCGCCAGCUGUACGAGCGCAGUCUGCUCCUGUCUAAAGUAUGCGCUCUGCCGCUACUCAACACCCAGCUGUACCUGCGCCACCUUCAGUCCGGCGGUAUAGAGGGUUUCGGUGCUACAGGUGCAGCCUCUUACACGCUGUUGCGGUACGCGUUCGGCUACGGCUUUCUGCUUUCGGCCGCGAUAGCCUUCCUGGUCGGCUGUACGUUUAGCGAGUUGGCCCAGCGGCAUCUGGCGGAUCACGUGGCGACCGCGAUGCUGCUGAUCAAUGGGGUUGCCCUGUGCGGUAUCGCCGCCAUCACCCUCAACUAUUGGGGCAUCGGGCUGGUGUUAUCCAGCGUUGGCAAGCAUUUUGUCCUGCAUCGGCUGGUCGAGCGGUUCAGCGUGCCGUUCAUCGAUCUGCACACUUAUGGUCUGAUAUUCUACGAGAUCUUCGCCGUCAACGCCAUACUGCAUUUGCAGUACUAUCCCCGCUCGGUGGUGAUACAAUAGCGCGUGCUCUCUCUCUCUCUCUCUCUCUCUCUCUCUCUGUCUUUCUCUCUCUCUCUUUUUCUCUUUUUCCUUCCAUUACUUCGCCCUCGAGAGCUUCGUUGUCGUUGCAUUGGGCAGACUUGAAGAGAAUGCUUCCGUAUAACCUUAGACUUAGGCAUGGUGGUGCUACGGUAGUCUAAUGUUUUUUUUUCACUUACAUUAGCUAGGUUAGUAAUCUACAAAUGGAAACAAACUAUGCCUACGCCCCCCCCCCCGACCCCUCUCCCACUUCCUCUAUUUCGCUCCGUCGUUCUUUGCAGUCCCGAAUGAUUGUUGAUAUUUACACUUGAGUGCUUGAUCGAGAAGGGGCGAAGCAGAUAUUACCUUCAUCAGGGCGAGUUAUAUUAUGAGUAGCGUAAGUGGGACUAUUUUAGCUGGUUUACCGUACCGCGUCCGGACGUACUUUUUGAUAAAUGUUGUUUGAUUAUACAAAGCUAUAUUAUAUACAAAUAUAUAAUUAAUAUAUUAUACAUAUAUUUUCACAUCA